AUGACGGCCAUUAAUGCGACCGGAGGUGGCACUUUGCACAACGUUGAGGUGAACGACGAGGAAGCGUCCCAGACGUGCCUGUACUGCGCUAACCUGAAGGUGCUGCGUGAUUUGCUGCCCCCGAAGAGAUGCGAUUACUGCCGUAAGUGGCGAUGCCAGUUCUGCACGCUCAAGUUCCCGCUGCUAGGUGCGCGCAAGGGCCUUCCCAAAAAGCUGAAAGGUAAUUCGCGUAUUUGCAUGCAGUGCUUUGGCCAGAUCUGGCAGGACAAUGAGGCUGCCAACUCACCCGACAUGCCUAGGCGUUUGGGUGGGGCAGCAAAGCACGUGCCAGUGGCGGACACUCUGGGAUGUAGGCGUGAGUUGCGCGGCGUCAGCUUUGUGGAGAGAGACUCAAUGAUCGAGUCGGGGCGCCGAGGAUCGAUGAUAGAUUCAAGUCGCCGCAGCUCAACGAUGGGAUCAAGCCGUCGAGGAUCCAUGCACGAAACGGAACGCCGUGAGUCGAUGUUGGUGGAUCAAGUAUGGGCUCGGUCGGGUUCGUUCAGUGACACCCACCGAUAUUCGUUCAUGGACAGCUCAAGCGACAACGAUCUGGCUAAACGACCAUUGACCUCGAGAGUUCGUCAUGGCGGGGUUUCAUACCGUAUGGCGUCGUUCUUGGGUCUUGUGGCGGGCGAUGGAGCUGAUAGAACAUCCAUGAACUCGGCUAUUGGGUUGUGGAUGUCACUUUUCGCAGCCUCCAUCCUGUUAGUGAUUGCAUUAGCCGACGGAUUCUCUUUUCACCAACGCUUAUGCUAUUGUGUCGCUACAUACGGUUUUUUUCUUACACUGCACCCCUGGAUCUAUGCAGGCCGAAUGGACAUAUCCACGUCAGACAAACCAAACCUGCAUAAAAGAAGCGUGCAGUCAAAUGCAGUAGCACCUAAAACACCAACGCAAGUAAGGCCAAGACGUCGUACGCUCUCGGUUGUUCCGGGAAGUGGGUCUGUUCAAGCAGAGUACAAACUACGCCUUCACGAGUUGAAAGAGACAUUAGCGUACUACUUGAGUGACGAGUGUCCCUGGAAGAUGAUAAAGACCACGAAAGGUGGAGACAUCUACGAAAUGACGGCAAACAAAACACCCUUUGCGAUUUUCAAGAUCGAGGUAUUGAUUACGGGAAUUUCCAUGGACAGAUUCUUGGAUUUCGUCGAUAGCAAAGACCCUAAGGAUCGAUGUUUGUGGGAUCUCAAUGAGGCAAAUUUUGAAGUGAUCGAGACAUUCGACGCUAGUGACCUCAACGAGGAUGCCGACGUGAGUGUCUGCGUGAAUACGCAGAAGCCUUUUCUGGGUGGGCUGGUAGCUUCGCGAGAGAGCGGUUUAUGCUGA